AGCUCGGAAUGAUUUGUGCAUAAAUUUACUGGCAAUUUUAGGCGAAACUGGAAGAUUGGAAUGACAUAAUUCAAGCAGUUCGCAAGACGAACAGGUAAUUUGUGUACCGUAGAUAACCGAUUCUAUCGAUCAAAACUGUCUAAAUAACGUUUAAUAGGACAAAGAUUCGGGCGUCUCAGCACUGAAAAUUUGCAAUGCAUUGACUGGAAAUGAGACUUAAAUCAUAUUGCUUGCUAAAAUGCGAGAUAAUAUACUGUGUUUUCUCGUGGAGUCUCGUUUUGGGCCAGAUUCGUUAUUCAAUUCCUGAAGAGCUGCAAUUAGGCGCCUUUGUUGGAAAUAUCGCAGGCGAUUUAGGAUUUGAUGUAAAACUGCUCUCGUCUCGCAGUUUGCGGAUUUCACCCGGGUCUAGGAAGCUGUAUGUGGACGUGAAUUUAGAAAAUGGAGUUUUGUUUGUUAAGGAAAAAAUUGAUCGAGAAAAUCUUUGUGGAUCAAGCCUCACUUGUGUAAUAUCUUUGGAUGCAGUGCUUGAAAAUCCCCUCAAUUUGUAUCAGGUCGCAGUGGAAAUUCUCGAUGUAAAUGACAAUGCUCCCAGUUUUCCAAAAAGUCAGUUCCGCCUUGAAAUCUCAGAGGCUGCUGCAAUUGGAGCACGUUUCCCCCUCGAAUCCGCUCAUGAUCCAGACAUUGGAAACAACUCUCUACAAACGUACCAGCUGCUUCCUAACGAGUACUUUACUCUCGAUAUACAAAUGCACCGCGGGGAUAGAAAGCUACCAGUAUUAGUGUUGCAGAGACCAUUGGAUAGAGAAGCAGUAUCGGUACACAGGUUAAAUCUAAUAGCCAAAGACGGAGGAGUUCCCCUAAGGUCAGGUACUGUUCAAGUUACAAUAAUAGUAAAAGAUGUGAACGACAACGCCCCCGUUUUCCCACAGUCAGUUUACACAGUCAAUGUCUUGGAAACAGCAACUCCGGGAACCCAAAUAAUCACAUUAAACGCGACUGAUUUGGACGAUGGCAAAAAUGGAGAGAUAAUGUACUCGCUCAGUAGCCAUAGCUCUGCCAGAGUUCGGGAAGUCUUUGAGGUGGAUCCCAAAACUGGCGAAAUCAGAGUGAAAGGGAAGUUGGACUAUGAAGAAAACAAAGCCUUUGAAAUUAACAUUCAAGCAAUAGACAAGGGAUCUGCUGGAGUGCCCGCUCACUGUGAUGUGCUGGUAACUAUUAUUGAUGUGAAUGAUAACCACCCUGAGGUGUCGUUGAUGUCAUUGUCUAGAACAGUUUCGGAAGACAUUCCAGUUGGGACUGUGGUCGCUCUAUUCAGUGCAGCAGAUCAAGAUUCAGGACAAAAUGGGCAGGUACAAUGCCAAAUUUCAAAUAAAUUGCCAUUUAAAUUAGAUUCAGCCUUGAAAAACUAUUAUAGACUCCUUGUUCAGGAUUUAUUGGAUCGCGAAAAUAUUUCCAAACAUGACAUCACAAUAAGCUGCACAGAUGCAGGAAAUCCACCUCUCACAACGAAGAAAACUAUUCGAGUAGAUGUUUCAGAUAUAAAUGACAACGCGCCACGGUUCUCACAACGUUUCUAUACUGCAAACGUUAUGGAGAAUAACGGUGUUGGAAGCUCCAUAUUCUCAUUGUCAGCCUUCGAUCCAGAUGUAGGAGACAACGCUCUUCUGAAAUAUUCCAUCAUAGAAACUCGGGUUCAGAAUGUUUCUGUAUCCACUUACGUUUCCAUUAGUUCCGACAGUGGUAUCAUAUUUGCUCAGACGUCUUUUGACUACGAGCAAAUGAAAACGUUUCAAAUGCAAGUUCAGGUCAGAGAUUCCGGAUCUCCAUCACUGACUAGUAAUGUUUCAGUAGCUGUUAUUAUUCUGGAUCAGAAUGACAAUGCCCCUGUCAUCAUUCAACCAGUAGCUGAGUUUGGAUCGACAGCAGUAGAGACAAUAUCCAGAUUUGCAGAACCAGGAUACUUGGUUGCCAAGGUAUCAGCCACAGAUGCCGAUGCUGGUCAGAAUGCUCUCCUUGCUUAUUCAAUUUUUCAGGCUACCCAGCAUAACCUUUUCACUAUUUCAUCAAAUACUGGGGAAAUUUGGACUACCCGUCGUAUUGUGAAUACAGAUGCCUCUAAACAAAGAUUGGUGAUUGUGGUAAAAGACGCUGGAACACCAUCAUUUUCUGCUUCAGUGACAAUCAUCUUAUCUGUGGUAGGAAGUGAUAUAGAAACAUUUUCCAGCGUCAGCAGCUCGUCCGAAGCUUCAGCUUCCACUCCUGAUUUGAGCUUUACCUUGGUAAUAUCUUUAGGGAUAAUUUCUACUGUUUUUCUGGCUAUAUUGAUUGUCCUUGCUAUUAAAGUCCAUAAAAACAGGAAAGCUUUAGGUGGUCAGCACUUUUCCCUUGGGAUCUGUUGUUGCAUUGACACGAGGAAAUCUCUGAAUGGAAUUCAAAAGGCAAGUAGAAACCUACAAAUACCUUCAAACUAUGUUGAGGUAUUUGGGGGUGAUCCACUUUCUCAGCGUUUCCGCUAUGAGUCAUGUUCAACAUUGCAGUCAACAAAGAGAGGUUUCAUAAACUCGAAAACAAGCAAGUCAUCUACAGACAAAGAUUAUAUUCGGAGUGAAUCUAUCAGAAAAGAAAACUCGGAAAUUAUUAACUGGCAAAACCACAACAACAGUGUAAACAGUGAGAUGCUUUACUCUUCCAAGGUAAUCUCCUCGGAGAUGUAUACUCCACUAUUCAAGGGAAAAAAAAAAACUGUCUACCUUAUGGGCGUUUCAUGAGGAUGUGCGUCAUAAAGCAGGAACUUAUCUAGUGUGAGGUAUUUUUAUUUCACACUGGCCACAGGUGAAGGGCCACACACGAAUGAAGGAGACCGAGUCUGAGAGACAGUCCCCAGUUGAGGCCCAGAGGCGAGUCCAUGGGAGUGGAGGGUGCAAUCAAGUUUUGGAGGUAUGUUCUUGGGGGC